CUGUUAUUUACCUUACCGUUACCGAGCGGCGAUGGUUUAACCGGAGAGGGUGGGUUCUCACUCAGCCAAACGUAACAUAAUGGGGAGGUGAAAACGGUGAACUUGUGGGGGGGAAUCGCCAAUAAAAAAAUCACACAGAGAAGAACGACGGUUUUUUUCAUGUUGCGUUUACCGUGACACAGUUAGCACAAUGCACGGAGAAGAACCUCUGUCUGUAGGAAGCUGACAGAUAUAUGCACAGAGAGAUGAUACGGCGGGGUUUCGUGCAAAUGUUUCAACGAGACAAUAGGCCAGGCAGGAAAUUGGAGUAAAGCUGAAACAUAAGGCUUUGCUACCCAGCAGCAGCUUGUGUGUCCCACCAGUGUGUGUGUGUGUGCUCGAAGUGCCUAUAUGGCGGAGUUUGGGGAGGACGGCAGCCUGCCUCAUUGAAUCUUGGGGAGACGGCCGUGCCCAGCGACGAGGCAGCUGGCAAGACGCAUUGCGAAGUGUCGGUACUGAAUGGUGACUGUGGGAUAUCGGAGAAUAUGGUCGGCUCCGGAUCCCUCAUCGCACCUGGCAGCCAAACCGACAACGCCAGCACCUCUGUCGGACAGGAUACCAAAUCUGAGAUACCGCGCAGGAGCAGCAUUAUCAAGGAUGGAAAGCAGCGUAAAGAGAGAAAGAAGACUGUGUCAUUCAGCAGCAUGCCCACUGAGAAGAAGAUUAGCAGUGCAAGUGAUUGCAUCAGUGCAAUGGUGGAUGGUUCUGAGCUGAAGAAAGUUCGAUCCAAUUCGCGCAUUUACCACCGCUACUUUCUCCUUGAUGCUGACAUGCAAUCUUUGAGGUGGGAGCCUUCAAAGAAGGAGUCAGAAAAGGCCAAAAUUGAUGUAAUAUCCAUCAAAGAGGUUCGGACAGGGAAAAAUACCGACACUUUUAGAACUAAUGGAACUUAUGAUCAGAUAUCAGAGGACUGUGCUUUCUCUAUUAUCUUUGGAGAGAACUAUGAAUCCCUGGACUUGGUGGCAAACACUGCAGAUGUAGCCAACAUAUGGGUUACAGGCCUGAGGUACCUGAUCUCCUAUGGGAAGCAUACCUUAAAUAUGAUUGAGAGCAGUCAGAACAACAUGCGCUCGUCUUGGCUUGGUGAACUUUUUGAUGAGGAAGAUGGUAAUAACAGCAAACAAAUAUCAAUAUGUGCUGCUGUGCAGCUAGUCAAAAAGUUGAACCCGGGACUUAAAAAUGUGAAAAUAGAGCUUAAGUUCAAGGAGCUUCACAAAGCAAAGGACAAAUCAGGUUCUGAUGUGACAAAAGAGGAGUUCAUUGAAGUAUUUCAUGAUCUUUGCACCAGACCAGAAAUUUACUUUCUCUUUGUUCAGUUCUCAAGUAACAAAGAGUUUCUCGAUAGCAAGGACUUGAUGAUAUUCCUGGAGGCAGAGCAGGGAAUGGCUCAAGUCAGCGAAGACACCAGCUUAGAGGUCAUUCAGAAAUAUGAACCAUCUAAAGAGGGCCAGCUCAAGGGUUGGCUUUCUCUCGAUGGGUUCUCCAACUAUCUUAUGUCUCCAGAGUGCCAUAUAUUUGACCCUGAACAAAAGUCAGUGUGCCAAGACAUGAAUCAGCCCUUAUCCCACUACUACAUCAAUGCAUCCCACAACACAUACCUGAUAGAAGAUCAGUUCAGAGGUCCCUCUGAUGUGACAGGGUAUAUCCGUGCCCUGAAGAUGGGCUGCCGAAGUGUAGAGCUGGAUGUGUGGGAUGGGCCUGAUAAUGAACCUGUGAUUUACACUGGUCACACAAUGACCUCACAGAUAGUUUUUCGCAGUGUCAUUGACGUCAUCAACAAGUAUGCCUUUGUUGCCUCUGAGUUUCCACUGAUACUGUGUUUAGAAAACCACUGCUCCUUAAAGCAGCAGAGAGUCAUGUUUCAGCACCUAAAGAAGAUCCUUGGAGACAAGAUCCACCUAGAUCCUCCAAAACCUGAGGACUGCUACCUCCCCUCUCCCUCUGAGCUGAAGGGAAAGAUCCUGCUGAAGGGUAAGAAACUGAGCACAAACUGCACUGCCUCAGAAGGUGAGGUGACGGAUGAGGACGAGGGGGCAGAGAUGUCUCAGAGGAUGAGCAUUGAGUCUGCAGAGCAACAGACUAUUGCGCCCAAGAAAUUCCAGCUGUCCAAGGACCUCUCUGAUCUUGUGACCUUGUGUAAAUCUGUGGAGUUCAAAGACUUCCCAACAUCUUUCCAGAGCCAGAAACACUGGGAGCUCUGCUCUUUCAAUGAAGUCUUUGCCAGUCGCUGUGCCAGUGACUUCCCAGGGGACUUUGUUAACUAUAACAAGAAGUUCUUGGCACGAGUUUACCCAAGCCCCAUGAGGAUUGACUCCAGCAACAUGAAUCCACAAGAUUUCUGGAAGUGCGGUUGCCAGAUUGUAGCAAUGAACUACCAGACUCCUGGUCUGAUGAUGGAUUUAAACAUCGGCUGGUUCCGUCAGAAUGGAAACUGUGGCUAUGUGCUGCGUCCGGCAAUCAUGAGAGAGGAGGUGUCCUAUUUUAGUGCCAACACUAAAGAUUCAGUGCCUGGUGUUUCUCCACAGCUCUUGCACAUCAAGAUCAUCAGUGGACAAAACUUCCCCAAACCCAAAGGCUCAGGUGCCAAAGGAGAUGUAGUGGAUCCUUACGUGUAUGUGGAAAUACAUGGGAUUCCUGCUGACUGCGCUGAGCAAAGGACUAAAACGGUAAACCAAAAUGGAGACAACCCUCUGUUUGAUGAGAGCUUUGAGUUUCAGAUAAACCUCCCUGAGCUCGCAAUGGUGCGUUUUGUUGUGCUGGAUGACGACUAUAUUGGCGAUGAAUUUAUUGGCCAGUAUACAAUCCCCUUUGAAUGUCUCCAGCCAGGUUUCCGCCAUGUGCCGCUGCAGUCUCUGACAGGGGAAGUUUUGCCUCAUACCUUGUUGUUUGUUCAUGUGGCCAUAACUAAUCGAAGAGGGGGCGGCAAACCACACAAAAGGGGGCUGUCAGUACGAAAGGGCAAGAGGAGCAGAGAGUACGCCAGCAUGAGAGUGCUAUUGAUCAAGGCUGUGGAUGAUGUCUUUAAAACAGCCAUGCUGCCACUGAGAGAGGCAACAGACCUCAGAGAAAACAUGCAGAACGCCAUAGUGUCCUUUAAAGAGCUGUGCGGCCUUUCAGCGGUGGCUAACCUGAAGCAGUGCAUCUUGGCCCUUUCCCCUCGACUGACAGGGCCUGACAGUAGCCCCCUUCUGGUGUUCAACCUCACUGACCAGUACCCCAACUUGGAGCCCCAAGGCCUGCUACCAGAGGUCCAGAAAGUCGUCACUACCUAUGACAUGGUGAUCCAGACCAGCAAGACACUGCUUGAGAACUCUGAGGGGGUGUAUGAGAGAAUUCUACAAACCCAAAAAGCAGCAAUGGAAUUUCACGAGAACCUCCAUGACUUGGCCGUGAAGGAGGGGCUGAAGGGCAGAAAGCUUCACAAAGCGGUGGAGAGCUUUACCUGGAACAUCACAAUACUGAAGGGCCAGGCCGACCUCCUGAAACAUGCCAGGAGUGAAGUCCAGGAGAACCUGAAGCAGAUCCACUAUGCUGCCCUCACCUGUAACCUGAGUAAAGGUGGAGCAGUGGGCGGUUCUUCCAGCUCCUCAGAGUCCAAGAGCAGACGCAGUCUCGAGGCCAUCCCUGAGAAGGCCACCGGGGAGGACGAGCUCACCGACGAGGACAACUGAAGACCCACAGUCCUGGUGCUCUGCCGGCACCCAGACCUCGACUGUUCCUGCCUCCUGAGCUCAGACCCAAAGCUCUCAGUCUGUCUUUCUGUCCUUCACCAGUCUGUGUCUUUACCCAGGCGUCAUCGCUCCACACACACACACACACCAGUGUUUCCCACAUUCCAUCGUGUACAUUCCUGUAUCCCAAGCACAGCUGUAACCUCUCAGCGUUCUGCCUUGUAAUCAUCAAUGAAUGCCACCACUAUUCCAGUCGUGUCCUGAGCUCAGUUCACAGACCGGUCUCAGCCCAUGUUUCUUCCAAGUCAAGACAACUUUAGGAAACUACACAUUUGCUACCCAUCCAACGCUACCGAGCCUCAGCUUUCCCCAUCACAGACCUCUACAUCUCCCGCCCCGGUGCAGGAGUCUGUUGCCCUGCUGUCACUUUUCUGACCCUCAUCUCUCAUCUCCUGGGUGAGCCAGGAGAGCUGAGUGAACUACCAGCUACCAGACUGUUUGAGACAUUGACCUAGUGUUUGGAGACAGUGCACUUCUACUCAGCAAACCAGGUGUUAGCAGAGGGGACAAAGACAAAAAGGCGCUGGAUUGUUGAAAGAGAUUUCUUAAAGCACAAUUUUCUGGAGCUAUGAAUGUAACGGGACAGUGGAGGAAAUGGAAUGAGAAGGAAAUGGAAGAAUAAAAAAGUCAUGAAAGAGAGUACAGAGCUGUUUACAAAACUGAACUUGUCCAUGUUCUCGUCUGCCAAAAUAGUAUGCUAUGUGUAUAUAUGGAGUUUCCUGUUACCUUUUUUCUGCAGAGUGCAUCAUUUUAUUAUUGUAUACUGGGAAAAAUAAGAUUUAUUUUAUAAAAGAUAUAUGUGGAAAAGUUUUAUUAGUCUGUGGAUAUCAGAUAAAGAGGUUUGUCACAACUUUCCCUGCUGGAGAGCUCUGACGUGUUGAGACAGAAGGACUAAUAACAGAAUGUAAUCAUACUGUUUGUCUGGUGCAAACAACAACAAAGUCUCAAAAUUCACAACCAGCAACUGCAUGAAAGCGAACCAUGACUCACUCAACAGUUUGGACACGUUUUCAGAUUUUAGCAUUUCAUUUGGGCGCAUGUUACGCCUUUAUUUUUGCGGCAUGGUCCUUCCAUUUCAGGAGCUAUGUACAUUUUGCCAGGACAACCCUUAUGCUCAGACUGUUCUACAAAUUGUACUUUAAUCAAUUUCACAUUCAUUGCUAGUUUUAGAAGUCUGCAACCUGUCAAAGGUGCUGGAUUUGAGAUUCAUUUCCAAGUGAGCUGCAAAUGAAUUCCACUGAAAUUGACUGUGGCUGCUGAGCAGAACGAUUGAACACAUCUCACAGGAUAACUACUGGAUGUAUCUGGACUCUGAAUGGGAGGUCAUGCACAAAAACAAAGACUGCGGUUUCAGUUCAGUCAUGCAGUCCGUGCUGUUAGUCAGAUAAAAACUGUAUCCUGUCAUACAGUCAACACAUUGCUGUGUUUUAUCUUGCAGUUCAUCCCUGUUUACUGCUAAAUCAGAGAUUUUCUCCAAGGAACCACUGUACAGGAUUACCAACAUUUCAAACCGCUCAUGAUUCCUGUCUACAAGUAGCAACAUAUUGAUAACCUUUGUAAUAAUUUAAACUCAGGUCUGAGGAGAUGGUCAGGAAGGAUAUUGACUUCAAAGUAAAAACAGCUUCAGAACCAUUCCUGGUGACAGAAGCAUUAAUAAGGAAGGAGUUUUGUCUUAUAACAUGGUUUUUCCCACGUUGCUUCAGUAAUGCCCAGACUUGUUUUUCAUUCAUCACUCCAUAAUUCUUUCUUUAUAUAAAGUGCAAGACUUUUACUUCACAUGAAUGUUUGUUUCAUUCAGGCCAAAUUAGUUCACACAAUACUGAUUAAGCCUGUCAGCAGCAGGAAAAUAUCUGCAUUUUUCAGCAUGCCAGAGUUUAAAAUCUGGUCUCUAACGACCUUAAGUGCUGAAGAGGGGAGGACCUGUAGUGAUGGAGGCUUUGUCCACAUGUAUUUGGGGAUGUGUUUUGGCCUUCCCUCCACAUCCCAUCACAGUUUGUCCAUGAAAAUUGACAUUUUGGAAAAUUCCUUCCAUGGCAAAGAUAUUUAAAAGUGUGUUGGUGCGUAGACAAAGAAAACUGAGCCUUUAGCUUGUCUUUACUGUUAUCUCUGUUGUUCACACAAAGCAAUUUAGAGCAACGGUGGAAGGGGCCAAAAUAGCGCAGCUGCUAACUUUGCACAUGAAUGUACAGUUACUCUUUCACUAAAUUCAGGAACGGAGACAUCAGAAUCGGUCACAAUGUCCGAUUCCCUUGUUCGUUGCUUCCCUACCGGAACUGGAAAUGGCCAUUUUCAGGCUUUGAUUUGCCAGCAUAGUUUUAGAGUCACAUCAAAGCCUGUUGGUGUGGUCUUGCAUUUUCAUAGACAAAUUUUUUUGGAGUGAAAAAAAAUCUUUUCCAAAAAUACCUGUGCACAUGUGGACAACGUCGGAGACAGAGUAGGUUACAGCGAGUAGGAACAUCGCAGAAAAACCAGAAGCAGCUGAUUAAAGUUUCUCAAUUAUCAGGAACAUUACAGCCUAAAAACACGAAUGAUGGUGAUGAGUCAACUGCAAGCUAAGAAUAUAUUAGAAAAGAUCAUUUCUAAUGAGUGGACAAAGGACACUUGAAAUGUUUGGUCUAUGAACAGCCAAAACUACGAAAAAUGCAGUUUACAAUAUCCUACAGCCUUUCUGACCCAAAACAAAAGAAACAUGACAUUCACAAAAGCAGCAAAUUCUCAUUAUAUAAGAAAACGUAUUGUAAAAUGUAUACAACUAUAUAAAAUAGCGUGAAAAAUUAACAGCUAGUUAUUAAAAUCAUUGCAGACUAAUUGUGUUUUUUUACUUGUUUAAAUCACUAAUCCUUGGAGCAUAAAUAAUCUCUGAGGGUUUGCAACAGUGGGAUUGAUUAAGAAAAAUGUCCAUAAUAGCAGCUAAUAAAGUUAGCAUUGCAUUAAUGCUAUAGGUGACGGUUGUUUCAGCAGCUUUCAGAGCCUGAAACGAUGUUAUGAUGUUCUUCAAAUAGGUUCAAGUGUGAGAUUCCAACAACCCUGUUACCAGCUGUCUGUCAUUUACACUCAAGUAUCACUGGGUUUCUGUAGAAGUGUGUCGCACAGAGUAGUGUGUAUUCUGCAGCCAAAAUAUCUUUGCCCAAGAGACCAGCACUCUGAGAACAGACCAUAUUAACUUCACACCAGUUUCUUCUGCCAACUCACAGAAUAAACAUUCAUUAACUGCAGAUGAGAAACUCUGCCAGAAAUCAACACAGGUUAAGCUUUCACCAGUUUUUAGCCCUGAAUGUUUGUCGAUGGUUGAUUAAUUUGUCCCUCACCACGUUGUGCUUUUUGGUUUAAACUACUGUCCACACCUGCAGAUCUCAACCCACGACAAGACGUCUCAGUGCCGUGCCAGUCGACGUGUUUCUAAUUGGUGUUGAGAAGAUGAAAAAUGAAGCAUUUCAACUGUAUUUCAAAGUCUCAUCUCUUUACCUGUCAAAAGAAAAAGCAACCUCUGAAUAAACAAUGUUGGAUAGAU